GAGGGACGUGAACGUGCAACUAAACCGAUAAAACGAAGCAACGGUAUUUAACAUGUCCCAAGAUUUAGAUGUUAUCAAAAUAUUCGCAUUAGGCCGUCCUUUUGCCGUAGGAACGCUUUACAAUUACAUUGAAGAUACAAUCAUACCAAAUCUUCGAAUAUGGGAUCCAAACAUCGUGUCCCGUUCAGAAGUUGUCGAUGGAACUAUGAAAUCGACUGCCAAAGUUAACUUAAAAGUACCCGAGCAAACAGACAAUGAAGAUGGCAAUGUUGAUGAAGAAGGACAGACGACGUUGCUCACCGAGUUGGGUAUGGACGAUCACACGGCCAUGAGUGUGACAGCCGGACUGUUGCGUCCAUCUCUCAAAGGAGCUUGGCAAUAUGCGGCCGACUGGAUCGAACAAACAGAAGAAUUAUUAAAUCACGAAGUUCAAGUGGCAGUUCAUUGCCGUUCUACCAUCAAGAAAGCCUCUGUCACUCCGAAUUUGGAAAUCAUUUGUUUUCCUCGGAAAUUAAUCGACAGUCAGGCAACUCAUGUCGUUAUAGCCAUCACGUACGGCCGAGAAGCGUUUUGCAUAUUUCCACAGGAACAAGCCGAAAGUCAGAGAAACAAGCAAAAUGGCUACGAAACGAUCAUGGAAACGACGAGGAAUUACGCUCAUUUCUUUCAAAACCGGCUAAUGAACGAUUACGAAUCAUUAGAGCCGGCUGGCGAUGAAGAAGGUGACACAGAAGACGGACGUAGCCGGCCUAUUCCAAAGGAUUACCAAUGCCUUGUUUACAGCGAUGUCAUGGCAGUCAGAGGUGGCAAAAGCUGGACAUUGAAGCCUGUCGCAGAGCAAUACGAAGCCUGCAGAAAGAUAUUGAAAACGGCCAUCGUGAAAGACGCCGGACGAAAAUCUGAAUCCUCUGAAAAAGCCAUUCCGCUGAAAGUGUGGCUGUAUCCUUUGCAUAAAUUGAUGUCUGAUGAUUUGGGAAAGAUACCGACACGUUUUCUAGAUGUCCCACGGAGUUUGAUGUCUCGUUGCCAUCUGGCGUUAGGCCGUUUCCGUCGAAUUCAAUCGAAAGUAAAGAUGUUAAUUCAACAGCUGGACAGAUUGGCUGAUCUCCGAUGCAUCCCGUUGGGCACAAGCAAUAGAAUUCAUGAAUUUAAAGAGUUGACCAUCACGUUUGUCUCCGUUUUUAUCGAGGUGUUGGGAGUUUGGACGCGCAGCUUCCGCCGUGGAACAGCUCAAGAAGAACAAUUGGCUGAGGUGCUAGAUGCAUUACAAACUCAAUCGCCAUUCGAUACUAAGAAGCUGAAUCAUUGGCUCAAUCAUCAAGACAAAGAAAUCACAACUUUAGAACGGCUGGCUCGCUUGCCCAGCGUACUGUUUACCCCCGAUGUGGAACGCGUGAAAGAAGAGCUCACAACUGGGGAUGACGGGUCGUUCGCUGUUGUUCUUCAUUUGCCCAAUCUGAUAGAACGUUUGAACGGUUUGAUUGAUGAGAUGCGUCGUCUUAUUGACGUUUUCAAGGAAACAUCAUUGUUUAGCUCGAUGAGUUGGCCAAACGGUAGCCAAACAACGCAAUUGGCUUCAUUAACUCAUCGUGAAAUGUUUGCUGCUGGCCAAGAGUUUUCCGACUGGGUGAGGGACAACAACCGCGAUACCGUUGAUGUCCGCUACAUCAUCUUUUACGAUGAACACCUCGAUGAAGGCGGUGGGCAAGCCUUGCCCUUAACGCUAUUGUACCAGUGCGGCAAGGCUCCCACUCUGUUAACGAACUUCACCAUCCCAAAGGCUCCUGAAGAAGUGACUGUCGUAAAGAAUCGUCGUGGCGUCAUUGUGUUGCGUUGGCCGGCAGGGGACCCGAUUGAAGUACGCCACUAUCUAGUCCAGUAUCGUAAAAUGGAUAGCCAGAAAGAUCACUGGGAGACUGUUCAGAUUAAUUCAAACGAAAUCGAAUUUCGUUACCUUCAAUCAAGUGAGACUUACCUGUUCAGAGUGGCGGUACAUAUGCGCGGAGGGAGGAGCCAAUUUAGCCCUGGCAGCUGCGAAGUGACAAUAGAUCCAGUUCGUCCACCUCCAACUGGAUUACAAACUCACGAAGUGACCGAUACGAGCAUAUCUUUAUCAUGGUAUCAUCAAUCUUAUAUGGAUAACGAAGAUACCGAUGAUCGUGGAAAUAAAGACUUCAAUAUUAGCUCUUUCUCUGUUGAAUGUUGGAAGGACGAUAGUCGUCACGAAGCGACGUUAAUCCAACGAUCUACGACGCAAAUGAGCAUCGUAUUGGAGCCGCUAGAUCCAGACACGGAUUAUCACGUUCAAGUUAGGGUUGAAUGCAAAGACGCCAGUGGCUCCACACUCUACAGUCCGGCAUCAGAGACGUUGAAAACUAAGACACUGCGAGAAGCAGAGCGGGCAGCGCACAUCGUUCGCCGUACCAGCAAAAAAUCUUCUGUUCCGCAUGAAAUUGACAUUUACGAGUUGCCAUUGGAUGAAAGUAGCAACGCACAAAUUCAGGGAGUCGGCCAUUACGUUUUUGGUAAGCCGAGUUAUCUGGCAUUGGCAAGUGAACAUCGUCAGAGAACUAUCUUGUUAUUGGGCGCCACCGGUUCCGGCAAGACGACGCUAAUCAACGCCAUGGUCAAUUACAUUCUGGGCGUCCAAUGGGAAGACGAUUUCCGUUUCAAAUUGAUCGACGAACCAACCAACAAAUCGCAGGCGCACAGUCAGACGGACUCGGUGACCACCUAUGAUUUUUACGAGAUGAAAGGCUCUCGUUUGGGUUACUCGCUGACGGUCGUCGAUACGCCGGGAUUUGGCGACACCAAAGGCCUGGAGAGGGACAAGAAAAUUAUGCAACAAAUUCAAGAGUAUUUCAAAUGUCAGCACGGGAUUCAGCAGUUAGAGGCCGUUUGUUUCGUCGUCCAGUCUUCACUCGCCAGACUGACGCCUACCCAGCAAUAUAUCUUUGACCAGAUUUUAUCCAUCUUCGGUGAAAACAUUAAAAAUAACAUCCGGCUGAUGGUGACAUUUGCUGACAAUGAUUUGCCGCCCGUCCUCGACGCUGUCAAGCAGGCCCGUAUUCCCUUACCCAAAGAUCCAACCACCGGGCAGAUCCUCCAUAACAAAUUUAACAGCUCCAUUUUUUUCGCCUCUAAUCAGAACGAAAUUCAGGCAAACGAAUUCAACCGGAAUUACUUCGAGAUGGCUGUCCAAGGUUUCGACAAAUUCUUUGACGAUUUAAGUCGCAUAGAGGCCAAGUCACUGACACUAACUCGCGAAGUACUUGAUGAACGAAAGCGCUUAGAAGCUUUCGUCAACGGCCUUCAACUCCGCACCGAAAUCAAAUUGGCACGAAUCGACGAGUUUGAGAAAAUGAAGAAAAUGCUGGCAGAGAAUCAACAACAAAUGGAUGAAAACAAGAAUUUUGAUUUCGAAGUAGAAUUUCUCGUUCCAAAGUCGACUGACAUCAGCGGGACGGGCCGGUUUACCACCAACUGCCAAAAAUGUACCACAACGUGCCAUUUUCCUUGCUCGAAAGCCAGCGACAGCGAUAAACAUCGUUGCUCCGUCAUGGACUCAAAUGGAAUCUGCAAAAUUUGUAAAUGCCCGUGGAAUGUCCAUUUUAAUCAAAAGUACAGGUACGAAAUGGUGAUGGAGAAAGUGAAGCGGUCAUCGGACGCCAUCCGGAAGCAAUAUCAAGGGGCCCAGGCCGAAGCACUGACUAAUAAACAACUCUUAGCCAAAGUUCAGGCAGAGAUUGAUCAAUAUGAAAAGCAGCUGUUGGAAUUGGUACAGGUUACUUCUCCUUGUAUACAGAGAUUGAACGAGAUCGCUCUGAAGCCUCACACGUUCUCCACACCAGCUUAUAUUGAUCUGAUGAUUGAAACCGAGAAACAAGGAAAUCGCCCUGGAUACCAACAGAGGAUCACAACGCUGCAAAAACUUCGUCAAGUAGCCGAGAUGACGACACAGCUCGUGAACGACCAUCAGAGUCCGAAAACUCUGCCUUCGGGCCUCAGCGUUGUUCGUCAAAAGUUUUAGGCGUUAAUAAUAUGACUAAAAGUUACGAACAACCAGUGCGAUGCUACAGGAUUUUGGUACUGUUUGAUUCAACGCUUGUUUAAGUUCAACACUAAGAAAAUGAUUUUUCAUUCCCCAAAUACAUAAC